UUUAACUCUAACAAUGCUUUUAACAUAAUUUUUCUUUAAAUAGAAAGAAAAAGCAAUGGUUAUUCAAAGACUAUUGGUUGUUGCAGGAGCAAACAUGUUGGUGCAAAGUUUCUUUGGGACUCGUCUACUCGUGGUCAUUAGCCCUUCAAAUACAUUUGUGUCGAUCACCCUACUAGUUGUCUUGGCAGGUAGAUACAAGGAGAUUGCGGAUCCACUGAGAGAUUUUACAGAUUAUGCGUGCAACACAAGGUGCACUUAUGUCUGCCUUCUCACUGUCUUUGAAACCUACAGAAACGCACAUACUUGUAAGACUGACCGUGUUAAUGUUAUUAGAACCUAAACAAAUGCACAUACUUGUAGGACUGAUCGUGUUGGCAUAAUUGGUACAACAUCUUGAAAUAUAUAGU